CAGACUAGCAAACAAUACAGUCAGGAUGGCUAAAGGUGAUCCCAAGAAACCAAAGGGCAAGAUGUCUGCUUAUGCCUUCUUUGUGCAGACAUGCAGAGAAGAACAUAAGAAAAACCCAGAGGUCCCUGUCAAUUUUGCAGAAUUUUCCAAGAAGUGCUCUGAGAGGUUGAAGACAAUGUCUGGGAAAAAGAAGUCUAAAUUUGAUGAAAUGGCAAAGGCAGACAAAGUGUGCUAUGAUCGGGAAAUGAAGGAUUAUGGACCAGCUAUGGAAGGCAAGAAGAAGGACCCUAAUGCCCCCAAAAGGCCACCAUCUGGAUUCUUCCUGUUCUGUUCAGAAUUCCGCCCCAAGAUCAAAUCUACAAACCCUGGUAUCUCCAUUGGAGAUGUGGCAAAGACUGGCGAGAUGUGGAAUAAUUUAAGUGACAGUGAAAAGCAGCCUUACAACAACAAGGCAGCGAAGCUGAAGGAUAAGUAUGAGAAGGAUGUCGCUGACUAGAAGUCUAAAGGAAAGUUUGAUGGCGCAAAGGGUCCUGCCAAAGUUGCCCGGAAAAAGGUGGAAGAGGAAGAUGGAGAUGAGGAGGAAGAGAAGGAGGAGGAGGAAUAA